AUGAGCACCGCGCUGCCGCCUCGAGCGGCGCUCAGACGAAACAUUACCGACAUCACUGUCGACUCGGUACCGUCCACCUCGGCAAGUUCGACAACAAGCUCACCCGGCGACUCUCCCAUUGCUUCAGCAUCGUCAACCUCACUGUCGUCUCUCGGUUCAGUGGAAGAGUUCCAGCAAGAGCCAAAGCAGAAGCUCUUCGACACCUACGGCAACGAGUUCACGCUACCCGACUACACCAUCAAGGACAUCAGAGAUGCCAUCCCCAAACAUUGCUUCGAGCGAUCAGCCGUGCGCGGUCUAUCUUACGUUGCUCGGGACAUUGCGUGCUUGGCAACCACCUUCUACGCCUUCAACACCUUCUGCACGCCCGAGUACGUGCCAUCCUACCCACUCCGCGCAUUGCUAUGGACUGGCUACACGUUCCUCCAAGGUCUAUUCGGUACAGGCAUUUGGGUGAUUGCGCACGAGUGUGGCCACCAGUCCUUCUCACCCAGCAAAACGAUCAAUGACACCGUCGGCUGGAUCCUGCACUCUGCUCUCCUUGUGCCAUACUUCAGCUGGAAGAUCAGCCACGGCAAGCACCACAAGGCUACCGGGAACAUGGAGCGCGACAUGGUGUUCAUGCCGCGUACCCGUGAAGAGCACGCGACUCGCAUGGGCUAUGUCAUGGAGGAGAUGCACGAGCUAUUGGAGGACACACCGCUCUAUACUGCAACCAUGCUCAUCGGGCAGCAGCUGGUCGGCUGGCCGUACUACAUCGCGGCGAAUGUGACAGGUCACAACCACCACGAAAAGCAGAUCGAGGGUAAGGGUAUUGGUAAGAGGAACGGAGACUUCUCGGUCAACCACUUCCUGCCAAGCAGCCCAUUGUACGAACGCAAGGAUGAGCAUCUGAUCCUGCUCUCUGAUCUCGGCCUCCUAAUCACCGGCUGCGUCCUGUACCUUGUUGGUAGCACCUACGGUUGGAUGAACCUCCUGGUCUGGUACGGCUUUCCGUAUCUGUGGGUGAACCACUGGCUAGUCGCCAUCACCUUCCUCCAACACACCGACCCGUCCCUCCCACACUACACUGGCGAAGCCUGGAACUUCGCCCGCGGCGCCGCAGCCACGAUCGAUCGCGAAUUCGGCUUCAUCGGUCGCCAGCUCCUUCACGGCAUCAUCGAGACCCACGUGCUCCACCACUACGUCUCGACCAUCCCCUUCUACCACGCCGACGAGGCCACGGAGGCCAUCAAGCCCAUAAUGGGCCAGCACUACCGCUCCGACACCCGCGGCGGUUCGCUUGGCUUCAUCCGGGCCAUGUGGAACAGCGCGCGAUGGUGCCAGUGGGUUGAGCCGAUGGAAAAUGCCAAGGGCGAGAACGCGCAGGUGCUCUUCUUCCGCAACAGGAAUGGCCUUGGUCUUGCGCCGGCGAAGCUGUCGGCCCGGGGCCAGGAGAAGAGCAGGAGGGUUGUCAUGGUUGAGGCCGACGAUUCGGAGUAA